CAUGCGCGGUGACGUCACACCCGGAAGCGGCGGACCCGGCGCGGCGCUGCCGGAGGCGCGGAACGGCCCCGUCCGAUCCCCCCGACCCCCGGGACCCCCUCCCGGACCCCCCCGACCCCUCCCCGACCCCUCCCCGAGCCCCCGGUCCCGGCUUCGGCCGCGGCCCCUCCCCCUCACGGGACACGGCGCGAUGAUGCGGUUCAUGCUGCUGUUCAGCCGCCAAGGGAAACUGAGGCUGCAGAAGUGGUACCUGGCCACGGCCGACAAGGACAAGAAGAAGAUGGUGCGGGAGCUGAUGCAGGUGGUGCUGGCCAGGAAGCCCAAGAUGUGCAGCUUCCUCGAGUGGAGGGACCUCAAGGUGGUCUACAAGAGGUACGCCAGCCUGUACUUCUGCUGCGCCAUCGAGGGCCAGGACAACGAGCUGAUCACGCUGGAGCUCAUCCACCGCUACGUGGAGCUGCUGGACAAGUACUUCGGCAGCGUGUGUGAGCUGGACAUCAUCUUCAACUUUGAGAAGGCGUACUUCAUCCUGGACGAGUUCGUGAUGGGCGGCGAGAUCCAGGACACGUCCAAGAAAAGCGUCCUCAAGGCCAUCGAGCAGGCGGACCUGCUGCAGGAGGAGGACGAAUCCCCCCGGAGCGUCCUGGAGGAAAUGGGGCUGGCAUAGCCCCCCCCGAAUCCCCCCAAAUUUUUGGGGACCCCCUCCCCAAAAUUUUGAGGACCCCCCCCCA